AUGGAGGGUUGCUCAGCACGAUUCCUCAGUGACUCAAAUAGACACCAACAUUUAGUCGAUAAGCAUCACUUUCCUCGCUCCUUCCGGUUCCACGUCAAGAAACAUGCCUCCCAAAAACAACGACAACGGCAGAAAGCUCACCAACCCAGCAACUCUGGGAGUACACCGAAACAGUCAAAGAAGAAUCAGAGGGCCAAGGCAGCAUCAGAAUCAGCUCCCGAUGUGCAUACAGACCGUAAAGACUACGAGUCAACCACACCUUCGGAGACCCAGAACCAGGACACACCUAUGGACGUGGAUGAAUUAGUCACCGCAGUAUCCAGACUGAGCACCGUCUCCCAAGAUGAAACACCCUCGGUGUUGAGAUUUGGCCAUAGACGAGGCCGUGGGGUGCCAUUUGGACAGAAAUCUCGAGGCUCGGGGCGAGGGAGAGGAAGAGGAAGAUCGGGGCGUGACCAAGAGGAUGACUCACCCCCACUGCAAAGCAUCUCAACCUGA